AUGGAUGGUAAUAAAAAAUUUCGUUCUCGUGCUUUAAUUGUUAAAACUGCUCUUCGAUUUAUAAUAAAAUCUCGUCGAAAAUCUUCACUUUCUGGUGAAAAUAUUCAAUGUGAAAGCCUUUCAUCGUCAGCAUCUUCAUUAAACUCACCAAAUUUAUCCAAAGAUUUAAUAUAUCAUCAAGAAAAAUAUCAAAAACGCAUACCGGAUGCUCCAACAAAUGUUCGCUUGAUGGUUACUGGCUCAAAUAGUAUCACCGUUACAUAUGAUGAACCACAUAGAUCUAAUGGAGCUAUGGUUAUUAAAUAUAAAAUUGAAUGGUGUACAAAUGAAAAUUUUGAUGAAAAUUCUUCAUCUGAUAGUAUUGUACAUAGUGAUAUUGUUAAAAAUUGUUUUCUUCGUGAAUAUGUUAUACGAGAUUUACCUAUUGGACAAAAAUGUUAUGUACGUGUAUCAGCUGGAAAUAUACGUGGAUUUGGUCCACCAUCUAUAGCUAAUCCACCUUAUUGUGUUCCAUCAAGCUGGCGUGAAUUUUCAAAAACAUCACGUCCAAAUGUAUGUGAUUUACGUUUUGAAGAAAUUCUUAAUAAAAUACGGCCGGAAAAAAUUAUUAAUGAACGUGGAGCUAUAGGUACAGCAUUACCAAAUUCUUGUUAUACAAAUAAUGGAACUCUUGAUGGAAACGAAUCACCUGAUAUGUCAAUGUCUGCAAAUUCAAUGAGAACUCGUCGUCGAAGUUACGGAAAUCUUCGACGAAAUCUUCGACAAUUAUUUCAACUUUAUCCACGUUUAGCUAAAACAAUGAAACGAGGUCUUUAUUUAGUAUCAGUUAUGUUAAAUGGUGAAAAAAUCUUAGUAACAAGUGAAGAUGUUCUACCAAUGGUUGAAGUUGAUGAAAACUAUGGUCAUAAUUUAUUAGGAGAUUUUCAAUGGUUUAUGAAAUUAACAUUUGUUUGGGAUGAGUUAAAAACGUUAAGACCUGAUUUAGAACGAUGUUCAAGUGCAACAACAUUUUAUCUUCGAAUGAAACUUGUUCAAGCUGCUAUUGAACUGCAAACAUUAGAAGAAAUAAACAAUCUUGGUCGUCUUCAUCAUACAUAUAUUCGUGAUAAUGAUGGAAAUAUAGCAUUUAUAUUAAUUAAUGAUUUAUCAUCAAAUACUUCAACUGAUACACGAACAAAUAUUUGUCCACCAAAUUUAAAAUGGAUAUCAAUGGCAAAAUUUUUUGAAACAAUUAAAGAAACAGAAUCAUUAACAAAUAAUUCUUCCCUUCAACAAAUCACCGAUAAACUUCCGGAUAUGAUUGAUUUUUAUCAUGCAUCAAUGCGUCGUCUUGAUUCUGGUUUAUAUGUUGCUUAUUUAAAAAUGCAAAAUAGUGUUGAUUGUGUACGUGUUAUGGUUAAUAGAUAUAUGCCCGGCUCAUUACCUUGCACAAGAAUUCGUUCUGUAGCUAAUGUAUCAAGAGAAGAAUGGGAAUGGCUACAUAAAAAUUCCGUUAAUAAUAAUAAUAAUAAUAAUAAUGAUGAUGAUGAUGAAACUCUAGCAGAAAAUAUAUCCGAUGAAACUGGUCUUUCACUUUUUAAGAUACAAUUUCAAGAAGCUGCUAGAGAUUUGUGUCUGAUGCUCAAUCUUCCAGAAACUCAUUUUUCAAAUAGUCGUGUAUAUGAUGCUCAAGUAGUUGAAAUUCGUGAUGAUCUUUCUCUAAUAAUAUUAAUGUCAACAGCUGAUGAAGUAAAUGUUCUUUCAACUCCAUCAACUCAUCGUCAUUCAAUUGCAAGUGAUUGUUUAACACCAUUUAUGUAUUUACCUGUAUAUAUGUUUGAAGUUUUGCAACAUUUAAGUAAUAAUUAUCGUUUUAUAUCUCAAUAUAGUCGUGUAUCAAUUUGUCUUGAUUUUGAAUUAAUAUGUGCUCAACAAAGUCAACGUGAAGCAUUUUCAAUAAAUGAAUUAGAUGAAUCACGUUAUCGUCUUAAUCAUUUAUUGUCAUGUCAACAAGAUUUAGAUGAUAUAUGGCGUUCAUCACGUUGGCUUGUUGAUGUUAUUAAUUGUGCAAAAGAUAAAUCUUAUGCUGGUAUAUCACUUAAAUCAUGGUUAACAUUUCAAUCAUCAUCAAAUAUUCAAUUAAAAAUUAUAACAACAGAUUCUUCAUCAACAAAUUAUGCAUCUGAUUCAGAAUUACAUACAGUUAAAUUUUCAAAUUCAACAUUAACUUUACCAACAACAAUAACAUCAACAUCAUUAUCAUCAUCAUUUUUAAAUGAUACACAAAUAAUUAAAAAUUAUGAUAGUGGUUUUAUUGAUAAUGAAACAAAUAAUAUUGAUCGAUAUAUAACAAAUCGUACAUCAUCAACAAUAUCAACUGAAUCAAAUGAUCCAAUUGAAUUAACAUUUUACAUUCCUAUAUUAACAUCAAAUACAUUAAUACCAUUUAAAUUACGUACAAAUAAAACAACAACAUCAAAUGAUUUAUUAAAAAUAGUUACAAAACAACAAAAUAUGUUAUUAAAGUCAAUUUCAACAUUAUCAUCAUCAGCAUUAUUUACUUUUGUUUGGAUACGUUCAAAUGGUCGUGAACAAAUUAUUGAAGAUAAUUUAACAGCUGGAGAAAUUGAAAAACGUUUGAUACGUUAUGGUGGACAAAUACAUGUACGUUCAAAAGGUUUAUCAUUAUCACGUUCUUCUCAACCACUUAGUCGAAUAUCAUCACCACGUUUAUCACCAUCAACACAAACAACGUCUAAUACAAAUACUUCCAAUAAUAAUUCAAAUGUACCUGGAUCGAAUUUAAGUUUAAAUAUUUAA